AUGGGAGAACCAGUGACUAGGGUAGAUCUUGAAGGGGUUACCGCGGAUUUUACCACGGCCCUUACUGCACUGACCGAGCAGAUGACUGCGUUGACUGCACAGGAGAAUAGCAUGCAGAAUUAUACCAAUCGAGGAGGAGACAGGAGGGGAGAACAAAAUCGAACUCCACGGGGGCGAGGCAAACGAACUGUCGUGGCAGAUAGUUCGAGUUCUGAGGAAGAAGAAGUUUUUGAAGAAGAACAAAGCGAGGAAGAUAAUAAAUCUUUUAAACAUGACUACCGAGUAAAAGCAGAUAUUCCAUUGUUUUAUGGGACUAUGGGAGUAGAGGAGUUUCUGGAUUGGCAGAUUGAUGUGGAUAGAUUUUUCGAAGUUAUGGAGGUUCUUGAAAAUAAACAUGUUAAGAUGGUGGCGGUUAGAUUGAAGAGUACUGCUGCUGUUUGGUGGGAUAAGUUGGUUAUGCAGUGGCAGAGGCAAAGGAAGGGGCCAGUUAAGACUUGGCGACGCAUGAAACAAUUGAUGUUGGAGCGGUUAUUACCGGAGGAUUAUGAGCAGAUUCUGUAUAAGAUGUAUAAAGAAUGCGUUCAGGGGAAGAGGAGUGUGACGGAGUAUACAGCGGAGUUCUUGCGAUUUUCUGAGCGCAAUGACUUAAGGGAAUCCAAAAAUCAGAAGGUGGCUCGGUAUAUUAGUGGACUGAAGAAUUCUCUGCAAGAGAAGAUGGGUUUGCAAACUGUGUGGACUGUGGCUGAGGCAUCCAAUCUGACACUAAAGGCGGAGCAAAUAGAGAAAUCCCCUAGAAAUUUCUCGUCAUUCAAAAGGUACUCACCCCAGAGUAGCUUUGAAUUUAAUAGUGAGAAGGAGAAGAGUGCAGUAAACAAGGAGUCUGGGUCUGCACCUAAAGUCGGGUCUCGUAGUGUAUCACAAGGAAAGGCCCCUGCCCAAAAGCAAAAUAAUCCGUAUGUCAGGCCUAGUGGGGACACUUGCUAUCAUUGUAACGGCAAGGGUCAUAGAUCCAAUGUCUGCCCAACUCGGAGAGUAACUGCUGUUUUAGAAGGAGGAGAAGAUGGAGGGGAGUUUGAAGGAGAAAAUGAUGAGUAUGCAUAUGCAGAGUUUGCUGAGGAAGAGUCUGAGGAUCGAGUUAACUUUGUGUUGCAAAGGGUCCUGUUAGCUUCUAAAGAGGAGGGCCAGCGUAAGAACCUGUUUAAAACUCAUUGUUCUAUUCAAAACAAAGUCUGUAACCUGAUUGUGGAUAAUGGUAGUACGGAGAAUCUGGUAUUCCAAAAGCUAGUGGAGUAUUUAAAGUUGUCCACAACACCACAUGAGAAACCCUACGCCUUGGGUUGGGUCAGCAAGGGGUCUCAAGUUCGAGUGACAAUGACUUGCAGAGUUCCCAUCUCCAUAGGGAAACACUACAAAGACGAGGUAAUGUGUGUUGUUCUUGAUAUGGAUGUGUGUCAUAUUGUACUUGGUAGGCCUUGGCAGUUUGAUAAUGAUAUUACUUAUCGGGGAAGGGAUAAUGUGAUGAUGUUUACUUGGGGAUCCCAUAACAUUGCAAUGGCUCCUGUUUUGAAUUUUGAUGAUAAGGCUGUGGGAAAGAAAACCAGUUUCUUAGUAAUGACUUAUAAUGAUAAGGAACUCGAUGAUGUUGUGAAAGAAACUGAACUUUUCUAUCCAAUAGUAGUUAAAGGGUUGUUAGGGGCUGUAAAAGAAGAGAACCUAUUCCUGCUGAAGUUUCGGAGAUAUUAG